AGUUAAUGUGUUAUGGCAAUUCAGACGCUUGGUCCCUACAAUGCUGAGGAUAUAGCUCACUCGCCGGCCCUUAUCUUCACUAUUAUAUUCUUCACCCUCGCAUUCGUGGGCUUCUCUCUUAUGGCACUGCUCGCCCCAGCUGGCAGUCAAUGGCGUAGCAUUAUCCUGCCACAGUUGGCUUCGGGUGUGCUAUAUGUGCUUAUGUGGUUUAUAUUUAACGGCUCCAACGUGUUUUCGGUGCUUCUCCUCACUAUCCCGGCGGCUGGGCCUAUCAUAGCAGCGAUCUACCUAUCUGUCCUAGAGUGUGUCCAUGCGAGGAAGAGAGCGAGAGAGCGGGCCUUGACACGAUCGCGGAUAGGAUCAGAAGUGGUUGAUGAAGAGGAGGCUAAUCCUGAAACAGAUGAGGCCACUCACAAGCCCCCUAAACUGCGGCUGAGAUCAAUGUCCACCGUUGGGAACUUCGGAGAGUCCUCGGUGCCUUUGAGCAAUUUACCGAGAGGCACGACUCAGCGAUUCUACUCUGUGUAUGCGGACUCGCCUGAGGGUGAAGGAAGUGGAGGCCCUGUAUUUAAUAUAUGCCCGGUUCAAGAUUGCACUGUCACUGUGUUGGAAGCUGUUGACACGUCCUCUGAGGAUGAUGAUGAGGUUGAUGCUGAGCCGGCUCAUGGGAAGGCGGUUGUGACCCCGAUCGACGACUCUCAUAGUUUGAAGGUUGAAGUGUGUGAAACUGCGGAUAAGUCCUUGGCCUUCACGGUGCAGUUACACAGGAGGAACUGUCCACAGAAAAACGCCAAAUUCGAUAUUAUAUAGCUCAUGCGAUUUUGGUUUUUCAUUUUGAUACUGUAUAUUACUAUACCUAGAAGGUCCAUGGAUGAGCCCAUCCGGGCACUGUCCUUCGUGACAGCUUGUCGGUUUCACACCGUAAUCGAUGUUGUGAUGGUAGCCUAAGACUUCCAUCCUCAACAACAGUAUUACUGCUUGGUCGCAACCAUCUGCUUUUCCUACAGUUCCUUGUGGGUCUCUAUAUGCGUACCCUAUUAUUGCCGCCU